UGUGCUGUGUAAGGGAAGCCUAAACCUACAAGUCCAGUAUGAAGCACGGAUCCGAAACCGGGCGGGGGGGCGGGGCAGGAAGGGAGGAGUAGCCCCGCCCUCACCCAGCCCAGCGGAAGGCAGCGCUUCCCCUUCGAAGACGGCGUGAGCCGCGGUCGCCCAAGUUCCCUGGAGCUCGGGAGUUCGGAGCGGAGGUGCCGGCAUCCCACACCUCGCUAAACACUUGCUGGAGAUCGCUCCGACCGGGAUGGGCGGCAGGACCUGGCUGCCGUUCCCAGUGCUCUUCCUGGCCGCUCUGCCCCCAGCGCUGCUGCGGGGGGCGGCCGGCUUCAAGCCCUCCUUGGACAGCGACUUCACCUUCACGCUCCCGGCCGGCCAGAAGGAGUGCUUCUACCAGCCCAUGCCCCUGAAGGCCUCGCUGGAGAUCGAAUACCAGGUUUUAGAUGGAGCAGGAUUAGAUAUUGAUUUCCAUCUUACCUCCCCAGAGGGCAGAACCUUAGUUUUUGAGCAAAGAAAAUCAGAUGGUGUUCACACUGUGGAGACUGAAGUUGGUGACUACAUGUUCUGCUUUGAUAAUACAUUUAGCACCAUUUCUGAGAAGGUAAUUUUUUUUGAACUGAUCCUGGAUAACAUGGGAGAAGAAGCUCAGGAACAAGAAGACUGGAAAAGAUAUAUCUCUGACACGGAUGUGCUGGAGAUGAAGCUGGAGGACAUCCUGGAGUCCAUCAACAGCAUCAAGUCCAGACUGAGCAAAAGUGGUCAGAUACAAACUCUGCUUAGAGCAUUUGAAGCUCGUGAUCGAAACAUACAAGAAAGCAACUUUGACAGAGUCAACUUCUGGUCCGUGGUGAAUUUGACGGUCAUGGUGGUAGUGUCAGGUAUUCAGGUUUAUAUGCUGAAAAGUCUGUUUGAAGAUAAGAGGAAAAGUAGAACUUAAAACUCCAACAUAGAUUACUUAACAUUGGAAAAAAAGAGGUAGAAAAUUCUAAUACACUGUUACAGUCAAGAUUAUUAGUAGUCAUUCCCAUAACAUUUUCAGAAAUUAAGUAUAAGAUAUGUAAAAUUUACUAUGGAAAAUCAUUGUAUAUCCAGAUAACUUUAUUGACCCAGUUAUACACUUAAAUGUAUAUAACAGGAUAUCAUAUAUAAUUUAGAUUUGAUUGGAGCAAUUAACAUUUUUUAGGUUUAAAAAUCUCUCCCAAAUAUGUAUAAGUUAAAUAAAUGAACAGUAUCCAUAAACACACCACCAGUUUGCUUUUACACAGAACUUUCUCUGUAAAUUGGCUGGUACAAAAUAAUUUAUCAAGUUUGCAAAUCAUUUGAGGAUUAUAUAAUUAUGGACUAACCAUUACAUCUUUCCAAAAAAAGUAACUAUAUGUAUACCACUGAAAUGAUACUUUAAAAAUUUUUCUUUUCUUCUUUUUUUGGGGGUGGGGGGGUUUCAAGACAGGGUUUAUGUUGCCCUUGUCCUGGAACUAGCUCUGUAGACCAGGUCAGCCUCAAACACUGAGAUCCACCUUCCUAUGCCUUCUGAGUACUGGGAUUAAAGGCAUGUGCCACUACUGCCCGGCUAUUUUUAAGAAUUUUAUAACCAAAUACAAUGUGAAACAUUAUAGAAAAGUAUUAGUUUUUAUAAACUUAGCUUACAUUUCCAAGAACUAACAUUUUGAUAAUUAAAUUGGAAGGGCAUUCUUUCCUCAAAAAUUAGGCAAUGUCUUUCUCAUUGAAAUGACAUUAUAAAGGUUUUCUUAUGUGAAGAUAUAAAUAGGGUAGUUGAUGUUUAUGAAUAGGAUGCAUUCUGUCUAGACAUUAGCUAAGAUAAAAUUUGAGAUAAAAAUGAAUGUACUUUUAUACUACCCAUCAAAACUGUUGUAUUGGUUUCUACACAGCUAUUGGUUUUGUUUGUUGGGUUUGUUUUUUUUUUUUUUUUGGUUGUUAUUGUUUUCCAGACAGAGUUUCUCUGUGUAGCCCUGGCUAUCCUCGAACUCACUUUGUAAACCAGGCUGCCCUCAAAUUCACAGAGAUCCACCUGCCUCUACCUCCCGAGUUCUGACUCUCAAGUGCUGGGAUUAAAGGUUAAGUUAUCUGGCCAAUAGCUAUUGGUUUAGAUAAUACUUUGUCACCAGCAGGUGUGAGGGAUACACUGCUGAAUAGAUCUGACCUUAUGUAAAUAAAUAGCUCCUAAGUUCUCAAAAUCAUCAGAAUGAGGGAAAAAUUAGAUAAACAUGAGACUACCAAAUACAAAAGUUCACCUAAGUAGAACCAUAAUAUCUAGAAUCAAAUGGGCUCACCUUGCUAUCCCAAUUCUAAUAGAAAACAGAGAAGGGUAAUUUGAAGUUCACUGGAAUAAAUUAUGUUUGUCAGUUUUUAUUUUCUAGUUACUGUUUUCAAUUAUAAAUGUUCAGGUAGAUUUUAUGAAAUGCACAUCCUACUAUAAAGUUUAUACAUAUUUAUUAUAGGUUUUAUUAUAAUUUUCACAAAAUUAUAAUACCUAAGUACCUAUGGUCACUUAUGACUUUGAAGGAUUAAAACAAUCCUAAAUUAUAAACAGCUAAUGUGAAUAUAAAAGCCAAUACACACAAAAACGCUGUCUUUCUAGCUUAUUAGUCUGUAGUACAAUCUUAUUCAAGUUCUAGUAAUUUAGCUUCAUCAUGAAACAAUGUUGUCGAUUAGAAAAAAAAUGAUCAAAUCUGGGUAUUGUACCCAUUAUAUGUGUGUGUGUGUUAUAUAUUGCCAUAACUCUUACUGAGCAAUAAUGAUCUUCCAUCUCACACACACAAAACAUAUGGUAGGUACUCAGAGAAAUACUUCAUUUACAGUUUAUACUCAGAAUAGUACAGAGAUAUACUAUAUUUUUUUCCUUCUUGGGAGAAUAGAGAUUUAUUUUUCUCUAUUCAGAGGCUUUUCAAAACAUAAAUACCAUAUAUGAUCAGUAACUGGCCAAGAAAAUGCUCCAGUAUUGUAAGCAAAACUCCUCAGCACAUACAGAACAAAGUGAGAUCAUUACCUAAAAAAGCCUUUUUCCGCUUUCAAGUGGAAGGGAAGCAAUCUAUAGGUACCAUAACUGAUAAGCAGACUACACUUGAGUCUACUGUGUCUUUUCUGUAAGACUGUGAUUAAGAAUUCUACCUCUUAGAUACAGCUGAUACUGUACUGUACCUAACACUGUACUUGUUACUAACAUCAUCUUGUAUGUAUGUAAUUUGUGCCACUGAUUUUUAAAUCUAUAAUUCAGUUACUUCUUGCCAUUUAAAAUGGUAAUAGUAUCUUUAUUGAAAAAAGUAACUUACAAAUGUUAAAGAUUUUAUUUUUUAUAGAUAAAAAUAAAAAGAUAUUAAGAACCAUGUUGCCUAUAUUAAUCAUAAAAAGAAAAACUGUAAGCAAAAACCAAAAUGUUUAUUUUUAAAUGUGUAUUAUCUGCUUCAUAUGAGUCUUUCAAUGUUACUUUCUCAAUUAUACUAAAAUCAAAUAAGCCAUCACUUGAUCUGACUUUUAUCUUGUUAAUUGUAUAAAUUACUACAGUAGUUUAACAGAAGUGUAGAGAUGACUUGCAUUCUGAGAUGCAGUUGGAUUAUGUGCUCUUUUACCAGGUCAAUAAACAGAAGGUAAAUAAGCAUCUGAAAAUGUUGUUGAAAUAAAUUAUAAAUCAAAAUAUAUUUAGGUAUAUUUACCAUUAAACAUUAUUAUCUUAAAAUUAACAGAAACCAAGUCCCUGUAAUUUUGUACCUCCAGUGAAAAUUAUUUAUCAGAAAUUUUAAGACAUAUUAAUUUAGCAUGUAAUGUUUUUCUUUUCUUUCUUUCUCUCUUUUUCCUUUACUGUUUUUCGAGACAGGGUUUCUCCGUGAAACUGUCCUGGAACUAGCUCUGUUGACCAGGCUGGCCUUGAACUCACAGAGAAUCCUCCUGUCUCUGCCUCCCAAAUGCUGGGAUUAAAGCCAACUUGUUGGCAACCACUGCCCAGCUUCUCUGAGUUUUUCUGUCAUACCACUUUGUUUUGGAUCUGCCAGUGUACUCAGUUACCUCUACGCCCAAACAUACAUUUUACCUAAAAGGUCCUUAUGAUUACGAGAAGCAAAAACCAGGACAGGCGGUGGUAGCGCAGGCCUUUAAUCCCAGCACUCCAGAGGCAGAGUUCAAGGCCAGUCUGGUCUAGAGAGCAAGUUCCAGGACAGCCAGGGAUACACAGAGAAACCCUGUGGCGGGACGGACAAAGACCACCCACUGCUCAGAGUCUGGGGUGCUACACAAGCAUUCGGGUCCACCGUCGCACGUGCGCUAACAUGAAUACACACAAGGGACAAUAGUAGCCAUGCAGUGGUGGUGCACACCUUUAAUCCCAGCACUCGGGCACAGACAGGUCAGUCUGCUCUACAGACGGACUUCUAGGACAGGCUCCAAAUCUACAGAGACACCCUGUCUUGAAAGGGGGGAAAAAGGUAAUAGUAAAAUACAUAUUUUUUUAAAUGUUACCAUUCGGGACUGGGGAGAUGGCUCAUAGGUUAAGAGCACUGACUGCUCUUCCAAAGGUUCCAAGUUCAAUUCCUAGUAACCACAUUGUGACUCAUAACCACCUGUAAUGAGAUUUGGUGCCCUCCUCUGGCAUGCAGACAUGCAGGCAAAACACUGUAUACAUAAAUAAUAAAUAUUUGAAAAAAUAAAAUGUUACCAUUCUUUAAGCCUAGAAUAUGGCUCAGGAAACAAUAUCUAUUCAAAACAAUAUGGAAGUUAACCUU